CUAAACAAAACAAGUAAUUUAUUCGCAAGAAAGUCCUCCGAUGCAACGGGUGUCGCUGUGGGCGUGGACGAGAUAAACUUCUCGGAGUGUGGAUCGGCGGAGGAGGAGGAGUGGCGAGUCGGAGACAACAAUAAGGCGGAGUUGGGCUGGUAGCAUCAGGGAGAGAUCUGUUGCUGGGCUGAGUGAAGAAACUCCUCGGUAGACAAGCACAUAUGUCCAACUUCUUGCAUCUUGAAAGAUUCUUCGCUAAGGAAUUAUUAUCAUUUUUUAAAUUGAUCGAAGUAGAGGUCCCGGAGCCAGAGCUUUGGGGAGUGCGGCCCGGAUUUUGUCUUAUCUUAAACAUAACCCGUCAUAUAGAGAGAUAGUACUGCCGGGAAUAGGGGAGCCCAGCCUCGGCCUGCUAAUACAAGGAGCAAACCCGAGUGGUUUAGCUUUAAUUUUGCAAAAGACAGCUGGUAUUGGAUUGACAUUUUGAUUACAUAUCUUUUAUCAUUCAAAAGAUUCUGUUUUUUUUUUUGCAAUAUCAUUUUUAAUUGGAAGACAAAAGCCAAGGACCCUCUGGUUUUUCCGUUCUUUAUUUAGCGCGGCUUCAUCCGUCUUGUUCUGCUAGCCCGGCUUUACGCUUGACUCUCCGGGGAGGCGUAGCAUUCGUUUAUCCUCUGAAUGGAAUUGAAAGGAAAGCUGAGUUUUGGAUUUUAAUUUGUUUUGGACAUAACACGGUUUUGACUCGUGUCCUUUUAAUUCACGCAAAUAUAUAUAGGGAAACUUAUCGGAAAGCCACGAAUAUUACAGAAAAAAAUGCAUACCUUUACAAAAAUGUUUUUAAAGUUGAUUUUUAAAUAAAAAUAAAGCUUUUUCUAUUAAUGAUAAUAGAGAUUUUGUCUUAGAAAGUAAACUCUUUAGUUGCAUUCUUGUGUUUUGGCUUUUAAAUAACACCGCGCUAGUGUUGAUUUAUGCUGUAUAAUGUAUAGCAUACAGUAACUGCAGCGGACUGGAGUAUUGAAGUGGAGAUACAAAUAAACAAUUCUCUUUCUGUGGUUUUUUCCCUCAUUUAUGGGGGACCACUAUCAUCAGCUUUAGUUUUUUUUUUGAGGUGGGGAACUUGCUGUUUUAGAUACGGUGUUUUCGCCCCGACCCCCAUGCUGAGUUUCUGAUCAGCCCCGUGUCCCUCUCCAGACGGCGGUCGGAGAUGUUGAAGUGUAUCCCUCUGUGGCGCUGUAACCGCCACGUCGAGUCCAUCGACAAACGGCACUGCUCCCUGCAGACUGUGCCGGAGGAGAUCUACCGCUACAGCAGGAGUCUUGAAGAACUGCUGUUGGAUGCCAACCAGCUGAGGGACCUUCCCAAGCCUUUCUUUCGCCUGCUGAACCUGCGGAAGCUGGGCCUCAGCGACAAUGAGAUCCAGAGACUCCCUCCCGAGGUGGCAAACUUCAUGCAGCUGGUCGAGCUGGACAUCUCCAGGAAUGACAUUCCAGAGAUCCCAGAGAGCAUUAAAUUCUGUAAAUCAUUAGAAAUCGCAGACUUCAGUGGAAACCCUAUUUCAAGGCUCCCAGAUGGGUUCACACAGCUCCGCAGCCUCGCACACCUCGCCCUCAACGACGUCUCCCUGCAAGCACUGCCCAGCGACAUCGGCAAUUUGGCAAACCUUGUAACACUGGAACUCCGAGAAAACUUGCUAAAAUCCCUGCCUACGUCGCUGUCAUUCCUGGUGAAACUGGAACAGUUGGACCUUGGCAGCAAUGAACUGGACAUUUUGCCAGACACUUUGGGAGCGCUGCCAAACCUGCGGGAGCUGUGGCUGGACAGGAACCAGCUAUAUUCACUGCCACUGGAGCUGGGUAACCUCCGUCGGCUGGUGUGUCUGGACGUGUCGGAGAACAAGCUGGAGCAGCUACCCAAGGAGCUGAGCGGCCUGGUGGCAUUGACAGACCUGCUGCUGUCCCAGAACCUGCUUGAAACCAUCCCCGAUGGCAUUGGGUGCCUGAAGCAGCUCUCCAUCCUGAAGGUGGAUCAGAACCGACUGACCCACCUGACAGACUCGAUAGGGGAGUGUGAGAACCUGACUGAACUCAUUUUGACUGAGAACCUCCUCACGAUUUUGCCACGGUCUGUAGGGAAGCUGAAGAAGCUGACGAACCUGAAUGUGGACCGGAACCGGCUGACCUCCCUGCCUCUGGAGCUGGGUGGCUGCUCCAGUUUGAAUGUGCUCUCCCUGCGAGACAACAGCGUCGCCAAGCUGCCAGCCGAGCUGGCAAAUGCCACCGAGCUACACGUGCUGGAUGUGGCCGGGAACAGGCUUCUGAACCUGCCCUUUGCCCUGACCAACCUCAACCUGAAGGCCAUGUGGCUGGCAGAAAACCAGUCCCAGCCCAUGCUCAAGUUCCAGACAGAAGACGACGAGAAUACUGGGGAGAAGGUGCUGACCUGCUACCUCCUGCCACAGCAGCCCUCACCCAGCCUUGAGAACCUCCUGCAGAACAGUGUUGAUGACAGCUGGACAGACACCAACCUGAAUCGUGUCAGUGUGAUCCAGUUUCAGGAGGAGGCCAAGACUGAGGAGGAGGACGAAGAGGCUGCGGCCGAGAGAAGGGGGCUGCAGCGGCGAGCGACUCCCCAUCCCAGCGAGCUGAAAGUAAUGAAGAAGGUGAUCGAAGACCGCAGGAACGAGGCCUACACUGCCAAGCCAGACGGGGGACUCGAGUCUCCAGACAAUGAGGAGAAGAGGCUGAGUGCACUGUCCAAUCAUAGCCAUGACUCCCAGGCCUCUAACAGCACAGCGUCGGCUGGGUCUGAGAGCUGUGAGUCUGCAGAACACGAGAGGCAAUCCAACAUCAUUGGCAUGACAACAGAAGUGGAGGAGCGAGUGGAUGAGGAGGAGGGGCUUGAUGAUGAGAUGGAGGUGGAGUACAUUGAGCCGACCGUGCACUUUGCUGAGGAGCCCAUUAUCCGCGGGGGAGAGGAGGAUGGGUAUGAUGAGGAUGAGGAGGAUGAGGAUGGGGAGGAGGAGCGGCCGGCCCUCCCCAUGGAAAAGCAGCGGCUCAUCCGCAAGGAUACACCGCACUACAAGAAACACUUCAAGAUCACCAAGCUGCCCAAGCCCGAGACUGUGGCGGCGCUGCUGCAAGGGCUGAGCGUGGAAGGGGUGGACCAGCAUGAGUUCAGGGCUCCACAGCACCGUGCCCAGGAGGAGGGGCCGGAGGGGGAGCAAGAGGAGGAGGAGGGGGGGUUGGAAGUGGAGGGCAGAAUGGGUGACAAGACCAACGCAGUACUGCAGCCGUUCAAGGGGGUGUCGUUUGAUCAAGUCAAUAAUCUGCUGAUUGAGCCUGCUCGAAUUGAGGAGGAAGAGCUGACGCUAACGAUACUCCGUCAGACUGGGGGUUUAGGGAUCAGUAUUGCUGGGGGAAAAGGCUCCACACCCUACAAGGGAGACGAUGAGGGUAUCUUCAUCUCCAGAGUAUCCGAGGAAGGUCCGGCUGCACUUUCAGGAGUAAAAGUGGGGGAUAAAUUAUUAGAGGUGAAUGGCGUGGACCUGCAGGGUGCGGAGCACCACAUGGCAGUGGAGGCUCUGCGCAGCUCUGGCACGUCGGUGUCCAUGUCAGUGCUGCGGGAGCGCAUGGUGGAGCCGGAGAACGCCAUCACCACCACGCCACUGCGGCCCGAGGAUGACUACUUCCCCCGUGAGCGCCGCAGCGGUCUCCCCUUCCCCAGUGACGAGGAGCCUGAGCGCGGGCUGCAGGAGCGCCUCUCCACCUGCCUCCUCCGCAAUGACAAGGGGUUGGGCUUCAGCAUCGCAGGGGGCAAGGGCUCCACGCCAUACCGCACUGGAGACACAGCCAUCUUCAUAUCCCGAAUUGCCGAGGGUGGUUCUGCCCAUCGAGACAGGAUUCUUCAUGUUGGAGACAGGGUUAUUUCUAUCAAUGGUGUAGACAUGACAGAAGCCAGGCAUGAUCAGGCAGUAGCUCUUCUUACCGGCACAUCCCCCACCAUCACUCUGGUUGUCGAGCGGGAUGUCUCGGACGGCGUUGCAGUACUAGGGGGGUCACCUGCCCUGCACCGGGCACGCCCCCACUCCCCGCCUCCUCCCACACCCUCGGAGAACAACGACCAGGAGGAUGCGAGUGAAGACUCUCCGCCGGACAACCCGCUGAACAGCAGAGCCCUGGAGGACGAGUACCCCAUCGAGGAAGUCUACCUGGUGAAGGCAGGCGGCCCUCUAGGGCUGAGCAUUGUGGGAGGUAGCGAUCAUGCCAGCCACCCCUUUGGCAUCAGUGAGCCAGGUGUAUUCAUCUCAAAGGUGAUCCCUCAGGGGCUGGCUGCUCUGAGUGGGCUGCAGGUGGGUGACAGGAUCCUAGAGGUGAACGACAUCGACCUGCGCCACGCCACACACCAGGAGGCCGUCAGGGCGCUGCUCUCAAACAAGCAGGAGAUCCGCAUGCUGGUGCGCAGGGACCCUCCACCGCCGGGCAUGCAGGACAUUUCAAUUGAGAAGCUCCCGGGGGAGAAGCUGGGGAUCAGUAUCCGAGGCGGAGCCAAGGGCCACGCUGGGAACCCCUUUGACCCUUCUGACGAGGGCAUCUUCAUUUCCAAGGUGAGCUCGAGCGGCGCGGCGGCCCGGGACGGCAGGCUCAAAGUGGGGAUGCGCAUCCUGGAGGUGAACAACCACAGCCUGCUGGGAAUGACUCACACUGAGGCAGUGCGCAUCCUGCGGAGCAUCGGAGACACGCUGGCUGUGCUGGUGUGUGACGGCUUCGACCCCAAAGACGCUGGUGUCAUCGAUGCGUCCCCUGGUGUCAUCGCUAACCCCUUUGCCACUGGAAUUGGUCGGAAGAACAGCAUGGAAAGUAUCUCCUCCAUCGACAGGGACCUCAGCCCAGAGGAAAUGGAGACCAUACAGAAGGAAAUGGAGAUGGUGCGAGAGUCUACGCAGUGGGAGAAAGAGGAGUUGGAGAAAGUGGAGCAAAUGCGCAGGGAGCUUGAGGAGGCUAACCGUCUGCUGGAGGAGGAGGCUGAGAGUUUCAGCGCAGGGCCUCUAAAACUGGACUACAAGACUCUUGCAGCCCUUCCCAACACCAGUCUACAGAAAGUCAGCAGGCUUUAUCCUUGUGGUACGCAUUCUGUCACAAUGGAGGCACCCAAACCAGCCAACAACUCUUCUCUAGACCCACUCGUGUUUAGAAAUGGGGAGCUCACUGGACAGGGGCAGGGGGACUCCAGGAGGAGUCUGUUUCAAACUGACUCUCGAAUCCUGAACCCAGCAGCCCUGCCUGUUGGCAUCCCAUGCCAGAACACAGUCGUGGAAGCCAAGCCAGUCCAGAAUACACCAGAGCAUCCGGUCACGUUUGCUACUAAAAAGACUGCGGUUUCCCACAAUCCCAUGCAAGAGUCACCCCCCAUAGUGAAACAUGAAGUCCCUCCCGAAGAGGAAGAAAGCCUGGUGGACUCGCAGCCCAUUUCCUUCAGCAAUAACCCCUUUCUCAUAGCCAAUCAGAAGGGGAAAGGCAAGCCCGCCGAAGCUCAGAUUCUUUCAGGACCGCCAGUCGGCUAUGGAAAGAGGGGCCUGUUGCAGACGAGCCUAUACUCCAAGGGUCCCUCCUCCGAGCCUACUGGAGUGAACAGCACCAGUUGGGAAGCCCCCUGCUCCCCCACCACACAGCCACCUGUGUCCACCGCUGCUUCUUGCACUGGACGGGAGACCCGCUUUGCGUCUAUUAAUUUCCUCUCCUCCACCACUCCCAAGGAAAACAUAUCCACAAAACCAGGUGUUAUCCACCCUCUCUCUAGAGUGUGUCAGAAUACGUCUCCAGCCAAUCAGGAUGGCCGAAACAGUCCUAACCCUUUCCAGCAUGGCCCUGCCCCUUCCGAGACACUCAGUUCGCCUCGUGCCCCCUCACCCCUCUCACCUGACAAGGUCCCUGCUAAUGUUAAACAGGCUUACAAAACCUUUGCUGCUGUUCCAACCACCCACCCAGUCCUGGAGCAGCAGGAAGUCUUUCUCCAGAGGAAUAAUGUCCAGCCCAAGCCUUCACAAGAGCAGGACCUGGAGAACGAUGUUUUUGACAGUGACAUGGAGCUGGGAGGGAACCCUCCAUGUGGCGUAGUUCGUCAGAGGCCCCCUGCCACCCGCAACCUCUCAACACACGUGCCCAGUCCCGUGGGCGAGUCGACCCUCCGUAGGGAGUACCUGAGCCUGUCCGCAGUGCCCCUUGUCACCAGGCCCUCCAUAGACCUUGAGGUGGCGUCCCCGUCACCCAGUGGGCUGGACAGCCCAGAGCAACGCUCAUUCAGAGACCGGCAGAAGUACUUCGAGAUUGAUGUGAAGCAGCAACUACCAGACAGCAAGCCCAAACCUCGUGUCUCGCUGGUUGCUGAGGAUGACCUCAAGAAGAUGAGGGAGGAAGAGGUCCGGAGGAUCGAGCAGCGGACCCGGGAACUGUCAGUGGAUGAGGAGGAGGAGGAAGAGGAGGACCUUGACAAGCAGAUGGCAGCGAUGAAGGCCCAUGGCAAAGUGGUCAUCGAAGGAGUGGAGUACAAGAUAGAGAGGGUGGACAACCGGAGCACCAACUCCCCCAGCGCAGGUGAGUACCUGGUGGAUGGGAAGAGAGAAUCCCAGAGAAACUCCCUUGAAGAUGGCUUCAGACCCGAACAGAGACCAAACUCUAUGACUGGACUAAGCCCGGUGUACCCAGGGGAAUCAGGAGCCCCAAUCCGGACUGCCAAGGCGGAACGGCGGUAUCAGGAACGAAUGCGCAUGCAGAGCCCAGAACUGCACAACGCCCAGGACAAGGACCUCUCCCCGGCUGAGAAGAGAGCACUGGAGGCAGAGAAACGAGCCAUGUGGAGAGCAGCCAGACCCAGAGGGCUGGAGGAUGAUAUUAAACAGUAUGAGCAGGAUCUGGCUAAAAAGCUGUACCAGUCAAGACAGAGGGUAUCUCAGGCCCGCAACGAGAGCCCUGACCCAGCGGCCAGCGAACACAGGAUGAAGUCCCUGGAGCAGGAUGCUCUGAAGGCUCAGAUGGUCAUCGCCAAGUCCAAGGAGGGGAAGAAGAGGAACACUCUGGACCAGCUGGCAGAGUCCCCCUCCCCGGCCCCGACACCCUCCCCCACACAGCUUGAAGAUUACAGUCCCAGAAGUGUGACGUCACCAGGGAGAUUGUCCCAGACAGAAAAGAAGUUUGACUACCGACAGUUUGCAGCUAUUCCUUCUUCCAAACCUGUAUACGACAUCCAGUCUCCUGACUUGACAGAUGACAUACAGUACAUGGAUGACACUACCAACAGUGCAGCGCACCGUGGGGAGAAGGAGGUUGAAGGUCAUGUCUCCCUACCCACCACCUCAGCACUGGAAGAAAUGGCUCUCUACAGCAACAAGCGCAAACUACGGCACGGUCGUCGGAGCCUGGAGACAGCUGUCCCCACGUAGUGUAGCUCCAGAGCUCUGUAAACACACACACACACACACACACAGGCACACAUACAUACACAGCAAGCACCGUCUCCCUGACCCACAGUGCCCACUCUUCAGGGAGGGACCUGCCAUGAACGCAUGGACCUUGGGCCGCAGACUUUAACAGCUAGAGGGUGUAGGGGGGGGGGGGGGGGGGCUAGCUUGUAUAUACCAGGCCACAAAACAACUUUCAGUUUGCGUUUUAGAAGCUGAAUUAUUUUACUCAAGAACUAAUUUUUGUUCUGUUUUUUGUUAACUAGUGUUUUGUUUGUUUUAAUCACUUGUGGAAGAAAAUGAUAGCUCUGGGGGAAAAAUAAAUAAAUAAUUCUCGUUGAUUUGGUUGUUGGGAGAGGGGUGUGAAGCUUUCUGGGUUAAUUAGAGUGUAAAUACGAGUGUCACUCAGACUACCUAUUGCGAUAAGGGGGAAGUCAUUCCUCUGCUACCUUCACUGCUUUGCACCCUGCUGUGUUAACCUUUUAAGUUUUCUUUAAAAAAUACUGUCAUCUGACAUUGUUGUAACCCUUUUGGUUUUUAAUUGAGAACUGCCUCAUUUCUUUUAAUGUAAUUUAUUAUUAGAUAAUGUUUUAGAUUUACUUUUACAACUGUUCAGAAUUGUAGGUACACAGUACAGUAAGGGCUUGACACAAUAAACCAAUCAUUAACAUACCAGUAGAAUUCAGAUUGUUGUAGAUUAUUUAUAGAGAUGGCAUUUAAAUCAAGAACUGUCACCUUUUUAAAAAUUCCAAACUAAGGUGGUGUACUAGCUGCUGUUAACAAUUGAAAGCUAGCAUAAACACAUUUUUAAAUACAUGCCAUGCACAUAAAAAAUGAUAUAUAUAUAUAUAUAUAUAUAGAUAUAUAUAGAUAUAUAUAUAUAUAUAUAUAUAUAUAUAUAUAUAUAUAUAUCAUUUUUUGUUUUGUGGCCUAGCACAUUUGCAGGAGGUAAUAAAUUACUAUAAUAUAAGUCUUUAGGUGCUGAGGUUGCAUUCCCUCAGUCCUGAUUUUUUUUGGGACCUCGACCUUUGUAAAGUUUAAAAACUGUAUUGUUAGUGUAAGGGCUUGGGUACAGCAUUUCCAGGCUUUCAGUCCAUGCUGGGGUUUUUGGUUUGCAGUUUACUUACAAGCACCACAAGUACAUUGCUAUAGGGGACUUCCCACUUGUAACUGCCUAUUUAUACUUGGAAGUGGACUAAAUUAGAACUCUCCUGUUACUACUACGGGGAAGUUGUCCCUGUUGAGAAGUUUUAAAAUGUGGAAGGAUUUUCAGUUUGUAUCAUACAUUCCUAUUCUACCAAGGAGCAGUUGAGCUUAAUGUAAGAGCUGUGUCUUAGACGCAUGUACUUUGCAGACAUACAGUAGACUUGUAUACAGAUACACAGGGUAUACAGAAGCAGUUAAAAAUGAAAACAAUACAGGCAUUUUAAGCAGUACUGUAUUUAAAAAAAAACCUGCCUAUCUGUUGUACCUUUUAUUCAAGGUCCACUUUCUAAAUGUAUUUAAACCAACAAUACAAAACUUUGUCAUCAAAACAUUAUUCCCUUGAUUUUUUUAUUUUUUUUGGUAAGUGAAGGUAGCAGCCAUUUAAGUCGUAGAUUUUUCUCUCUGUUAGUGUGAAUAAUGUACAGAUAUUAAAGAAAAAAAAAAAAACAAAAAAAACACAAAAGUGAGCCGACCAGCGUGGAAAUCUAACCAGCCUUGCAUGAACAUUGGCAGAGUUACUGGAUGCUUUUUGUAGACUGGUUGUCUAUAGACAGGAAAUUAGCUUGUGGUGUUGUUGUUGUCGUCCCCAAGAUUUUUAAUCAUUUUUUAACAUGGUUUGAGGAAUAGGAAAUUCAUCAUUAAUCCUACUGUUUAUCAAAUGCAGAUGGUUCUAGCAAGAAAAACACACCACCAACUUUUAAUUUUGAUUUACUAAUUGUAACUUUUAUUUUUAUUUAUUGUUUUUCUAACUGAAGUUUCGUUUGGGUCAUAAUCUGUGAGUUGAUUUGGAUUAGGUAACACUCCAUGGUUUUCCUGGCAACUGGGAAUCGCUACAUUUUUACAUGAGGCAUUGCAUAUAUUUUUAUUUCAUCUCUCUCACUUUCUUUUUGUUUGGGAUUUCCAAAAGGGGGGAGGGGGGAUGUUCGCUCAUCCAAGACUGUAACUAGUGAAUUUGUACAACCAAAGAAGUCUAUUUUGUGGUUCAGGAAUAAUAAAGUUUACUUUUCAUUUUACAAACUGA